UUGCUAUUCAACCCUAUUGCCCUCUAAAAGCCUAUUGAUCCUUCGGCGAGAUCCAACUGACUGAUCUGGAUAUUUAUAAGUGGAAUACACUGGUGGUGUUCUUUGUUAAACUGUGGAAAUUUACAGAUUGAAAAUUUGAGCUUUAUCAACAUGUCAAAUCAUAGUAUUAGCUCGGAAAUCGACCCCCUAAUUCCCGAAUCCCAUUCUAAUUAUGAUUCAGUAGAUGAUGGUCAACCUUUCCAUACCAAAGACCGUGAUGUUGCACAGCUAAAUCCAGAUUAUGCAGCCAAUAUUGGGCAUGCUGCUACCGAUUUCUAUGAAGCGGUGAUCGAAGAGGAACAUCAGGAUUCAAAUAUAGAACAAGAUGAAGAUGUGGUUUGGCUCCAAGAACAACGGAGUAUGAAUAAGACAAUGCAUUGGUUCAAAAGACCAUCAAUAUUUAUGGUGGGAGUAUUAGUGUUCUCUGCUGCGUUUGCAAGCGGGAGCGGUGAAUCAACAAGACAAAUGUUGUCGUUGAAAUUGGCUUGUAAUUAUUUGGCUCGUUCAAACCCAAAUGGACACUGUGAUCCGAGAAAUGCACAAGUUUUGGUUUCAAAUUUACAAAUGUUCUAUAGUAUAUUUGGUGGGUUAACAAUGAUGUUUGCCUCUGGUAAAAUCUCACCUCUUUCUGAUAUAUACGGUCGAAGAUUGUUUUUAAGACUAUCAAUACUUGCAUUACUUCUUGCUAGGUUUUCAAGAUUUCUCUUAAUGUUCAACUUUCCUUAUUUGAGGUUUAAUUUGAUGGUUUUGACAGAAGUUUUGGGGAAUUUAUGCGGAGGGUUGAUCACUUUGAUCUCAAUUACAAAUUGUUAUAUUAGUGAUGUUGUCGAACCCCAUCAGAGAAUUUACUGUUUAGGUUUGAAUAUUGCGUUUUUAUUCAUUGGCUACUCAACUGGACCAUUAGUUGGAAAUUUCUUGCUCAAACUUGCUGAUUUAUAUCGUCCGGGGAAACAGCAUCAAGGCUCAACCCAAUCUUUGUUUGAAACUGAUCUUUCAAUCAAUAGAAAUGAGUUUGUCCCAUUACAAUUCGAAAUAUUUAUAUUUGUAUUAGCUGCUUUAUUCACAUUAUUCAUAUUACCAGAAUCAAGAUCUUCUAAAGCGAGAAGAAAGUCAAGAACUUUAUCAAGAUCACUGUCAAGAUCGCUGAUCAAUGCUUCUGCUUCCCAAGAAUCAAAUUCAAUGGGUACUUACCUUUGGUCAUUCUUGAACACCAUCAACUUUUUAAAACCUAUCCGUCUACUUUUCUACCCUUCAGGAGUUGUCAAUCCUAGUAACUACCAUCGUAUUAACCGAGACCGCACAGUCGUGAUUAUUCUCUCAUUCUGCGAGUGUUUUCUAACCGGCCUUGGUAUAACAUUACAGGAAAUUAAUAUACUAUAUGGUGUUUAUGUAUUUGGCUGGACUUCCAAAGACAUUGGCCACUUAUUGGCAAUCGCAUGUGCAACAAGGGCUUUCACUUUGAUGAUAUUAUCUCCAAUAAUCACCCGUCGCUUCUUACAAGGAUAUAUGGGAUUUAGAACUCUCAAAAAUCAAUUUGAUAUGAUCGAUUUCACGAUGGCAUUCUGCGCUUUCAUUUUGGAAGCUAUCGGCUUGACUUGCAUGGCCAUGGCCCCACAGACCAGGUUCUUCUUUGGCUCUCUACUUUUCACAAGUUUUGGUGCAUUGGCAAGCCCGGCCUUGAACUCCUCAACCAUCAAGUUCUAUCCAGAAUCAAAAAUUGGUGAGGUUUUUGGAGGUUUAUCUUUACUCAAGAAUGUGUUUGCUCUUCUAGGCCCCACUGUAUUUUUAACCAUCUACAAGAAAUCGGUUCUCAGUUGGAAUAUCCCCUAUGUUUCCUUCUUGGUUGGUGCAAGUCUAAUGACACUAAUGGCAAUUCUUCUAGUCUUUGCUAAACGAUUACUUCGUCUAGACAAGAACCUGGACCCAAUGAUAUUGACAAGAAGUAACUCUGUGGCUUCUUUACAAUCCCUCAUGGACGGCAGUCCAACAACUCAAAGCAAUGAUACCAAUAGACCCAAAAUAAAAGGAUCACGAUCCGGUUCUUUCUCAAAGUCUCCAGCUAAUAAUACUGCUCAUGCGAAAUCCGUCCGCAGAUCGAGCAGUUUCAACCAAACCGGAUUCAGUCGAUAGUCUUAACUUUGUAAGCUUAAGUUUUAUUCUAUAAAAUCAAUACUUC